AAAUAGUUUAGGGAUUUACUGCAAAAAAAUUUGUUACCCGCUAAAACAAAAUAAUCGUUCUCCCCUCAACACCUCUUCAAACCCUCUUCUUCCAUUCACGGCCACCGGAAUAGAAAUCGCCGCCGUAAGAGAAAGUUCAGUCGAGGUUCUGCAUUUCUAUCAAGCAGCACUUAGGUCAUUCAAAAACAACAUUGUAAGAAGAGUCAGUAUUAGCAUUGCACCAUUCUAUAUUGUAUCGAUUAUUAUCACAACCCAAUUCAUUUUUUCUAAAUUAGGGUUAGUUUUAUUACUCAAAUUUCUAUAUCUUGAUGUUGAAAACAUUGAAACCCUCAAUCCAAUUGAGUAGAACUAUUCUAUUUUGCAUAAAAAUCCCAUCUUUUUCACUAUGUUCAACAACAUCAAUUCAUAAAAAUGAUGAUACUGAGAGUGACAAUGAAUGGGAGAAAUUGCUUAAACCCUUUGAUAUCAAACAGCUUCAAAGAUCACUCAAUCCAAUUACCCCAUCACAGCUUUGUAAAUUAUUGGAACUCCCUCUUGAUGUUCCUACUUCAAUGGAUUUGUUCGAAAAAGCCGGUUCGCAAAGAGGGUAUUGUCACUCUUUUCAUGUUUAUUAUCUUUUAAUUGAUAAGCUUGGUGAUGUUGGUGAUUUUAAGAUGAUAGAUAAGUUGUUGAAACAAAUGAAAGAAGAAGGUUGUGUUUUUAAAGAAUCACUUUUUAUUUUGAUUAUGAGAUAUUAUGGGAAAGCUGGUUUACCUGGUCAAGCAACUAGGCUCUUGUUGGAUAUGUGGAAUGUUUAUUGUUUUGAACCGACGUUUAAAUCAUAUAAUGUUGUUUUGGAGAUUCUUGUUGCUGGAAAUUGUCCUAAGGUAGCACCUAAUGUUUUUUAUGACAUGUUGAAUAGAGGUAUUUCGCCGACUGUUCAUACGUUUGGUGUGGUUAUGAAAGCGUUUUGUAUGAUUAAUGAGGUUGAUUCGGCUUGUUCGCUUUUAAGAGACAUGACAAAACACGGAUGUGUUCCGAAUUCGAUUAUUUACCAAACCUUGAUUCAUGCGCUUUCUGAAAACAAUAGAGUGAAUGAAGCGAUGAAGCUACUUGAGGAAAUGUUUUUGAUGGGUUGUGAACCUGAUGUUCAGACCUUCAAUGAUGUUAUUCAUGGACUCUGCAAGGUUGGUCGGAUUCAUGAGGCAGCGAAGUUGCUUGAUCGAAUGCUCGUUCGAGGUUUCGUUGCUGAUGCUCUAAUUUAUGGUUAUUUGAUGCAUGGUUUGUGUAGGAUGGGGCAAGUUGAUGAAUCAAGGGCCUUGCUAAGCAAAAUUCCUAACCCUAAUACUGUGCUUUAUAAUACGUUGAUUGAUGGUUAUGUUUCUAGUGGAAGGUUUGAAGAAGCUAAGGAUCUUAUGUACAAUAACAUGAUAAUUUCCGGCUUUGAGCCUGAUGCCUUCACGUUUAACAUAAUGAUCGAUGGACUUUGCAAGAAGGGGCAUUUGGUUUCUGCUCUUGAAUUCUUAAAUGAGAUGGUAGAGAAAGGUUUUGAGCCCAACGUGAUCACAUACACUAUAUUGAUAAAUGGUUUCUGUAAGCAAGGCCGGUUCGAGGAAGCUUAUGAAGUUGUGAAUAGCAUGUCAGCCAAGGGUCUCAGUUUGAAUAUUGUGGGCUACAAUUGCUUGAUUGGUGCUCUUUGUAAAGACGGGAAGAUUGAAGAUGCUUUGCAGAUGUAUGAUGAGAUGUCAAACAAAGGAUGUAAACCUGACAUUUACACAUUCAAUUCUUUAAUAUAUGGACUGUGCAAGAAUGAAAAGAUGGAAGAAGCGCUGGGUUUGUAUAACGAUAUGUUCUUGGAGGGUGUUAUUGCUAACACUGUAACAUACAAUACGUUGAUUCAUGCUUUUCUUAGAGGAGAUUCGAUUCAACAAGCGUAUAAGCUUGUUGAUGAAAUGCUAUUUAGAGGGUGUCCCCUUGAUAACAUUACUUAUAAUGGCCUUAUUAAAGCUCUCUGUAAAACUGGGGCAAUAGAUAGAGGUUUGGGAUUACUUGAAGAAAUGCUCGGGAAAGGGAUUUUUCCUAGUAUUAACUCUUGUAAUAUUUUGAUCAAUUCAUUCUGUAGGAUUGGAAAAGUAAACGACGCUCUUCAGUUUCUUCGGGAUAUGAUUCAUCGUGGUCUGACACCAGAUAUAGUCACAUAUAACUCCUUGAUUAAUGGUCUUUGCAAGAUUGGCCGUGUUCAGGAGGCUUUGAACCUUUUUAACGGGCUACAAGCUGAAGGAAUUCGUCCUGAUGCUGUUACGUAUAACACGCUGAUCAGUAGGUACUGCUACGAGGGGUUGUUUAAUGAUGCAUGUUUGCUUUUAUACAAAGGUGUGGAUAAUGGUUUCAUACCUAAUGAAAUAACCUGGUCAAUAUUGAUAAAUUAUUUUGUAAAAAGGUAUCUAAGGGAAUAAGUCAUUGUUCUACGUUUAUUUGGUGGAAUGGAGAGCUCAAAAGGGGAAUUUGGUGUUUUAAAGCUCCUGCCAAAGCAGAUUCCUGGAAUGUAGAUCUUCUUCUCUAUGAAGCCAAUAUAUUCUAUCUAGCUCACUUUAUGUUGCUCCUAGAUUUGAAUUGUUUGAUAGUAUUCUGAUUUUGAGCUAAUGUUGAAUCUCACUUUUGAUCAAACUACUGUUCUCGUGGGAAAUCAGGACUUAUUGCUAGCCGCCAUAAUCCUUCACAUUUUGUAUAUAGGAUGCAUUGCCGUCAUUGAUAACACUGGCUGAAGCAAACAUUCACUUUUAAUGCAAGUAAGAAAUAGCCAUGAUUCCUUGCCAGAUAUUGAACUGUUGUCAACAUUUCUGAUUGAGCUGCUCCAAGGUUUUCCAUUUCCAUGGUAUGCCUUUUUUACUUGGUGUUGGGAUGUACAUGACAUCUUAAGGUUAAGUUAAUUGUUUCACAGUGAGUGUGCUUCAGGUGUCAAAGACAGGGAAUGUACAGCAGUGUCCAUUUACGUGGCUCUUUGAUGUGCCAAACCUGAGAAAUAUUGGCAAUUUGAAAGAUUCAUUGUCAUUGCCAUUUUCUGCUUCAAACUGUGGUGAUACCUUGGACACUGAUUUCCCCCUAAGUUCAAACAUGACAACUUCAAGAUGUGUGGAUGAAUAUGACUUCUUGCAGUUUUCUGAAAAUGUAGACUAAACAAAUACACCAACUGGAACCUUUGUCAAGGACUACUUUUUAUAGCUCAAACCUCAUGAUUGUCUUCUAUAAUCAACCGUUUAUUGAAGUUCAUAGAAAACUCAUCACUGUUCAUAUAUUUCAUUUAUUUACUCCUUCUGGUCCCUUAUAUACUUCACAAUGCUACUAUGCAUGCAGAUGCUGAAACAGAUAAAGCAUAUGCUCAGAUUACUCUGCAACCAACCAACCUGCCAACUACUUUGUAAAACAUUUACAAGUGAGACGAGCGCUCGUGGAGGAUAUUCUGUUCCUCAAAGAACAGCUGAAAAAGUCUUUCCUUCGCCUGUUGGUCAUAUCGACUUGGUGAUUUUGUCUGCUAUAUUUGAUAUGCAUUAUUAACUAGCUUGUCAGAUCGAUUUGCUCCCCAACACGUGUUACCUCCGAUCACGUAAUAGAUCAAGUAAUAAAAUUUGUGAAGAAUGUGGAAUUGAUAAAUUUGAUCAAAGAACAAAGAUUGUAAUUCAAUUGUAUGAUUUUUUGACUAAGACUGAAAAGUAUGGCUAUAAAUUGUGUUUCUAUUGUUGCUUGGUCA